UUUGGGGAUGAUGACAAGUUGAUCUCAGUUGGAACGUCAGUUGCGGGAUUGGGUAUGGUGGGUAAUAUAUUGCUGCAUAGCACAACGCCAUCAGGAAAUAUUAUCUUAAGAGUUGUGGUGCUUGUUAAACAACUUUUAGGAUCUAUCGCAUACAAUGUCCAAUUAACGGCGUUCUGCAUUGUGGGGCUCUGCGGUUCAGCUAUCUUGGUUUGGGGGCCCUACAUCGCCACCGGGGUUUCCCUGUGGCGACUAAAACAGUACGAUUACGGGGGCACGGAUGGAGAUUCUAGCAAAGCAAACAUGAAUCCGGCGCUUGAUGUCUUGUACAUCAUGGUCGUGGUCCAAGGUGCAUUCACGAUCUAUAGAACAGUGCUCAAUACUUUUGUAACAAAAAUAGCAGUGACCAAAGUCGCAAAAGCAUACGGCUUGGAAGAAAGGGGAUUAGUUCAUGAAUACAUGAGAGAAAUACAUAAUGGAUGCGCCAAGAAUCCAUACUUUUCCCAAAGAAGGAACCUUGUGACAUAUGCUGUGGACCUGAUGGGGCCUGAUAAGUUGCCUGAAGACUACCUGUCCGGGUUAAAGAUCCUGAGCACAAUCCUUGGGCCAAUUGACCAGGGGGCAUCACACAAGUUUAUGGAGCAGCGCAUGCUAAUAAGGCAGCUGAUGUUGUACGCACCCUCCAACCACAUCUUCCGUCAACUGUUGGUCCUAUCCAAUCCGACAGCCCCCCAAUAUGGUAUCGGUCAAUAUUAUGGGAGAAGUUAUGUAACGAGGUACGCCGCUAGUUUAGUGCUGCACAUAGCCGAUGGGGCCUCACAGGAGCAGCUUCCGGAAGUGAUCCAGUGCAUAUCGUCGAUGAACGGCACAUUUCAAGAGAGUGAAUAUUUUCCCAAGGAGAAUGAUUACCUGAAGCGCAUGUCGGAAUGUCUGCAUGUUCUUUACGUGCUCACAGCCGAUGAGAAUAAUUGUAGACUCAUCAUCCACACUCCAGGUCUUCUCACCAAGAUCAUGACACCUCUAACCUCUGACCUUUACCAUCAAACUGAUCAUGAAGAUUGGAAACCCCUAGUAAGGGAAUCGUUGAACGUGAUGCAGCAGCUCACGGCUGCUUAUGGUCAUGGGGAAGGGGACACAGGAACCAAGUUGUUUCGUGAUACAAACCUGGAAGUGGAAGCAGUCAAAAACAUGAAGAGGAUUCUGGGGUGUGAUGAAUGCUCUCAAGAGAUGGAGACAUUGGCUAUGGGGAUUGUCACCAACCUACACAUGCAAAGGCCGACCACAACCAGAGAAGAUUUCAUACAGAAGAUGGCAGACAUCUAUACUUACAGUACCACUAACUCCACCAGAUUAGCGGCACUUGAAGCACUGAUGAAGCUAUGUGUCCAUGAUGGAAGUAAUGCCGCAAUUAUCUUACAAGUAAAUGGUUCUGCACUUUACUCUUUCACAGAUGAUCUUGACACUUUAAGUAAUGGAUACAACAGAUGCCAUAUGAUUGUAGCAGAAAUCCUACAACGUGCAUGUCUCCAUUACACCAGGGAUGAUGAAUGCCUCAAGAUACUCAAAGAAUCCAUGAUUUAUGUCAUUCCGAAGGUGGUCAAGAAAAUAUUUACACCAGAAUCAACACCAACUGGUCAACAAGGCGGUGCUUUGCAAAAUAAUCCCCAGAACAACAUCAAUUCUUCUGCUCAGGAACAUGACAUCCGGAAAAUACAAACAUCUCUAUUAUUCCUUUGUGUCACAGUACAUGAGACAUUCAUCAGUGCUGAUCAGUACUUGGCUGGUCAGUUUGAUGACGCAAUCGGUGAAUUUAGCCUUGCAGUGAAGCUCAGGGAGAUGGUGGAAACUAAUAGUUAUCCCGUGGGCAGUUGCCUGAAGUUACUUAAGCUUGCCAGCAGGAUGGUCAUAUCAAUGAUGAAAUGCAGAGGUAGCAGAUACCCCAAACAAGACUUGGAGAGCUUGGUGGAAGCACUGUCGAAGGCUUGUAGCAGAAAGAUGCAUUUUCUUGACAGAUCCAUGGAUUUUGCAAGUGGUGACAACGCAGCGAAACCAGGGAAGCCUGACAGGAUUCUUGCGUCCUUCCUCACAGAAGCAAUGGAGCUUGUUAGUAACUACGGGGAACCGGAAGUCAAGUCGCCCUCUACCAUUGUCGGUGGGGAGCUCUCAUCAAAUUAAGACUUAUCAUUUGCCGGCUUUAUUAAUCUUUGUCUUGCGUGUUUAUCUUAUAACCAUAUCAAGAAUCAACUAUGUUAUGUCAUAUCUCAGUGUAUCUCUGAACUAGUACCAUGUUAAGAUUCGACUAUAUUAUGUCAUAUACUCAU